UACCGUAGGCUUAAGCGGAUUCUCGUGCCCGGAACCAACAAGUCAAAGUCUGAUUAGAUAAUAAUUUUAUGUAACUAUAAUGACAGACUGUUCAAAAGUUUGAUAUGUUGUGGUAAGGUAUUGAUGCCAAGAGCUGUUAUUGAUAGGAUCGAGAAGAAAUACUAUGCCAAGGAAAAAGAAACAUGGAAAACAAGGCGGCUCGAGUGGGGCCUCCAGCAAGCAUCCGAAGCAUGCGAAGAACGCCGGGGCUAGAGCCGGAGGGAAAGGUAGCAAGAAGGUCGAUAAGGAGGGGACCCCUUCUCAAAAACUUCAACAAUUGCAGGAGAUGUUUGAAGGCAAGCUGGAUGCUGCACUGGUUCAUGCGAUAAUGGAAGACCAUAAGUAUGAUGUUGAUCUGGCCUUGGAGACCCUUUUCAAGCUGGCUGGUGAUGUACCUGAUCUUCCUGGAUCUGAUGUGAAUGGCAUGUCCAAGGCACCCAGAGACCUUGUCAGUUACAGCGAAAGUGACGAAAGUGAUGAUUCUGAGGACCCAGACGACUUCCUGAAUGGCUUGUAUCCGCCGCAUCAUGUGGCAUCAGAGAAAACCAUCGCACGUUCUCGUACAGAUCAGAAACAACCUGUGAUCUCUAGGAAUGGCGUAGGUCUGGACGACAUUAGCUUGCCAGGUAUACAGAGCAGCAUCAAGGGCCUAGACUUAGCCAUAUCUAUGGCCAAAGACCUUGACAGGAAUACAUUCUCAGAAGAGUCAGUUGAGAAGGUCACAGCUGGACUGAUGGCCUACAGAGACACAGGUGACAGGAACAAACUGGUGGAGCUUGGAAACCUCAGUGCGAUUGCCGAGAUGGUGUUAGAAGUCGGUGUCAAGGAAGAAGAGAAGCAAGAGAUGGAAUCAUCGAUGAAAUCAUCUAAAGUACAAUUUAAAUCGCUGCACUCACGCCUUCCUGUAUAUAGUGCCACGGAUGAUCGACUUGUUGGAGGAAUGUCCAGUAGCAGUGGUAGCUCUGUUAACAGUUCCCCUAAUGACUCUGAUAAUGAAGAUCAACCUGAUGGAGCAUUUAUGGCCAAAAAUACCAAGAGCAAAUCAGAAAGCAAAGAGAAAAGAUAUGAAGCAGCAGGAUCUGAGGAUUGUAGUGGGAAUGCAAUGUCAAAUUGGACCCCUUUAACGGUUCCAAAUGCCCCAAUGGAAUCAGUUGAAAAACCACAAGAAAAUUUGAGUCUCAAUAACAGUGAUAUGGAGAGACAACUUAAGCUGAGCACCAAUCCAAACUUUAGCAAUACAAUAAAUCACACACAACUCAGUACAUCAGAGAAUAGACAUGAAGAAGUGGCAAGUGCUAGACCGAAAGCGACUGUUAGCUUUUUGAAUAAUUUGACCGAUGAGCAAGGUGACAGAGACGAUGGGUCUGGUGAAGACUCUGAGAAAGACAUUGAUAAGCAUAUCAGCUUCCAGGAAGAUUCAGUCUCUUUUGCAGAAGUUAAACCAGAAAGAGAUAGUAAGCAGGUCAGAGAAAGAAGUGAAAGGAGCAACUUGUUAAAGAGUCAGCAGAAGGAGCAGCAGCAGUCAGCCAAACCAAACAACACUACUGAUAGGUUACAUAGUGCUUUCCCUCCAGAAAGAGAACAGUUAGAUAAUCCUUUCUCAGUGGAAAUACCAUUAAAACAGGCUGAUGAGAGAUUCUCUGUGAAUGAAAUCAGACAAGGUGCUAUGAAUGUGCCAUCAGUCAGCUCCCAGCAAAGACCAAACGGCCAACCACAUAGUCCUGUUCAGGUCGAAAAUAAUCUGUUGUAUCCACAGUACAGACCAGUAAAUGCUUCUCCUACAGCAAAGAUACAUGGACAAAAUAAACCCAAGACCUUUGCCUAUGAUGCCAACUUCAUGCCUGGAUUUGGCUACGGUACAACACACUUUGUCGUGAAGAAUAUCACACCAGGCUUAUUGCCCAGAUCGUACCACAAAGACAGUUCACCUCAAUCACGAUCAUCCCAACCGUGGCCAAAUCAGGGAUACACAAGAGCAUUUGUUGCUCAUGUGCCUUCUAGGACCGGCGCCAGAACCGGUGCAUACCCUCCACAUGUUCAUCACAUGGGUAAGGUCUUUGGGUUCCAGGGACCACACCUACACCUAAGACCACAUGUCCCACGCUCCAACGUGACAAUUACUGAACUCCCUGAAUCACCAGAAGAGCCUUUGGCCUCAACAAAUGUGGAACAAGAAUUAGCUGGUCCACCAAGGUGGCCUGUGAUCCAGCAUACCAACCUGAAGCGCAAUGAAUAUCCUGCACCAAGUCCAAAGACGAUCCCACCACUGCCACCAGGCAAGGUGCUGUGUCUUAUGAGGGGAUGUCCAGGAAGUGGCAAAAGCUUUGUUGCAAAGAGCUUGAAGGGGAAUGGAGUAAUUCUGAGUACUGACGAUUUCUUCAUGGUGAAUGGGAAGUACCUGUUUGACAGGAAUGCUAUUGGAGAGGCACAUGACUGGAAUCAGAAAAGAGCUCAAGACUGCUUAGAGAAAGGAAUCACUCCAGUCAUCAUAGACAAUACCAACAUCCACACUUGGGAGAUGAAGCCAUACGUUGUCAUGGCACUGAAACACCAGUACCAUGUUGUGAUAAGAGAACCGGACACACCAUGGAAACACAAGGCUGGAGAAUUGACCAAACGGAACUCUCAUGGUGUCCCCCGGGUAGCGAUUGCAAGGAUGCUACAGAACUAUGAUCCAAAUGUGACCGUAGAAAGCAUCUUGAACAGUCCUGAUAAGAAGAAAACACCAGAGUAUAUUGACAGUUAUGACCGAGAGGGUCCAGAUAUCCCCAAAGGAGAUGGACAGUCUCCAAGGAAAUCUGGACAGCAGAAGAACCAAGUGAGAAAACAAGAGCAAGAGGUGAGUCAUCGGGACGAUGCCAGAGGAGGUGCCAGUGCUGCUGAGGAGGGAUGGGAAACCGUGGGAGGACAUAAUAAGGGGAAUCAGAGGAACCGGACAAGAGGAGGAAGAGAUGCCAGGAAGGAUCUGAAUCAGAGAAACAUUCGUUCUGGACACCAUAAUGACCAAGUGAGCAAACCAGAGCGAGAGGUGAGUCAUCAGGAUGAUGCGAGAGGAGGUGACAGUGCCACAGAGGAAGGAUGGGAAACAGUGGGUGGGCAUCAUAAGGGGAACCACAGGAACCGGGCAAGAGGAGGAAGAGAUGCUAGGAAGGAUCUGAAUCAGAGGAACAAUCUUAAGAGUGGCUCCCCCAGGAGGUACAACAACGAGCACCAUGGAAGCAGAUACCAAACAGAUGGCUCAGACGGUAUGAGAUCUUCGGGUAGACCAAAUAGUGCACCUUACAACGGUCCAUACAGGGUAAACUCCCCAUCUCAUUCACCUUCACCUAAAGAUAGAGGAGGAAUGAGAAAUGAUGGACCCCAGUGUGAUAAUGAAGGAUGGGUAUCAGCACCUAAGAGAGGGAAGAGGACUGGUGGAGGAUCCCAUUCCCCAUCACCAAAUCGUGGAUUGGAGAAAAGGAGAAAUAUAAAUGUUAAUCAAAGGGGGCAGCAGCAUAAUCAACAUAACAAGCCAUCUGAUGCAGCAAUAAGAUUUCUUGAGAGUGAGGAUAGUUUGUCACAGGAUCCCAUGAAAAGAUUGAUGAAUGAUAUUGGUCUGGCGAGUUCAACAUUGGCAUCAUCAAGUAAUGGGAAAGAGAUGUUUGAAGAUUUAGAGAAGAAUGGUAAAGUGUUCCAAAAUGAUGAACCUGAGACUCUCAGUGCAUCACUUGUGACUGAAAACCAAGCUCAACCUGAGACAGUGUUGGAAGAUCCCAUGCUAGAAGUGACCAUUGAUGAGAUAAAGCCACCUAGCUCAGGAAGCAUGAAAGAAAACACUCGGCUCUCCAGUAGCGAUGACCAGAGAGGAAAUUCCUCUGCUAGUGCCUCAUCUAUGCCUGAGGAUCCAGCUUUGGGCAGUGACAAGAAAAUGUUUGAGAUGUUACUUGCAGAAAAUAUCCAAGGCAAUGUCAAUAGAUCUGUGGACAUGUCAGUGACAGGGAAGGUUGACAUAAGUGUUGACAUCACCAUGGACAGGAGCAUUGAAGGGGACAUACCUGUUCACAGUCAUGCUGGUGAUGACAAGAACAUCAACACCAGAAGAGAUCCUAUACAGUGUGAUGAUCUAAAGACAGAGGGUGACAAUUCUGUCAAAGAAAUCGUUGCAGAGCACACACAACCACUGAAUGUUAAUGUUGUGACAAACCAGACAGAAGCUCAUGAUUCCAAAACAACACAAAAGUCCAUAGAUGGCAAUGAAAGAAUAGAUGGGGAGUGUCACACUUCCUGUCAGGAGGAAGAAAGUGACUGUGGCACUUCAACAGGUUCACCUCACAUUCCUCUUCAAGAGCCUGAGGACAAAUUUGAGUGUACACCAAGAACUAAACCUGAAGUAACAUCUCCUCUAACAAAAGAGGGUGAAGUAUCAAAUGAAUGCCCCCGUGCCUCUACACCAGCAUUAAAAAGAACAUCGAGAAGGUUGAGUGGUGGUAAGUCAUCAAGGCGCCUUGCAGCAGUCUUUACCUCACCAACAUCUACUACGCCUCCUGUCUCUGAAAACACUGACUGGUCAAAGUUUGAUCCUUUAAGAAGCAUUCCAAAGCCAACAUUCCCUGUGUGUAAAGAAGAAUCAAAGGAUGUGGAAGUGAGUCAGUGUGACAUUAGUACUGAAACUAGUGGCCAGGACUUUGCAUUUCUCCAGAGAAUCAUCAGUGGGACCAUAGAGUCUCAGGACCUUCCUCAAGGAUAUCUAUGCAGAACAGCGGUGGCACGUUUGUUGAACAGCUCAGACAAAGGUAGUAGCAGUGAAGCUGAUAAGGACAAUCAAGAUAGAUCAUCACCCAUUCCAGUGUCAUUGAAACUCAACAAAAGCUGCAUGACUGAGGAAAUCAUUGAGGAGACUUGUGAUCUUGAGGAUGAGAAACUAUCGAUGAUGCAAGGUUGCUUUCCUGCCUCCUCAACUAAAGAUCUGAAGAGUCUAUUGGAAACUUGCAGUGGAGAUGUUGAGAUGGCAACAAAUAUAUUGCUUGAUUCAUUAGCCCAAUCAGCAGCAAACUCUCCAGAGGACAGGGGCACACCAGGAUAUGUUUCAACAAAUGCAACAGCGUUUUCAGAAUCUGCCAGUGUAGUUUCUGGAAACAAGGAUAAAGUAACCAAUGAUUCUGUGAAGAUUCUGCAAGAGCAAGAUGUCAGAAUAGGAACAAAUAUGGAAGGGGCAAGAACUGAAGUAAGAGCCAGCUCUUCCGGCAAUCCUGUAAUAUCUCAAAGAAUGAACAAUGAAACAAAAACUGAUGUGUCGUCUUCCAGGAUUGAUGCUCUUAACAAAUUAGCUAGUGACAGCCAGAGGUUUGCCAGUGAAUUAAAGCAAGCAAACCAGAUUAUCUUCAGCAAUAACCUGAAAACAAGCACUGAAUAUAUUCCAGAAACUGCUCACUGUAGACCGGGUAAUGCAGGCUCAAACACAAAUGACACUGCUGAAACAACAACAACGAAUGACAAAACAAGGGCAGAUGGAACAAGUAACAAUGACAGUGAACUACACAAACAGGAAGAGGAAACAGACAGUGACGAAUUUGAGUAUUUCAACAAUUUUUACUCUGGUACAAGUCAAUUGAUCAAACCAAAGAGUGCUAUGCAUAUCACUACUAGCACCACUUCUGAUGAACUACCAAUGCUAGAGUCUUUUAUCGAGGAUCGGCAAAUGCUACAUUUGGCCGCUGCUUGUCACAGUCCGGAUAAUGCAGCACACGGUCUUUCCCUAUCCAAACCAGAUCCUCCUGUUCCAUCGCAGCAACCAUCAGAAACUUUGGCAGUGACCACAAAGCAAGUCACAGAAGACACAAUUAAACCCGACUUGCAGACUGAUGAUUGUGUUGCUCCACAGACAAAACCUGACUUUCCUGUAACCGAAAGUGCAACGAUUGAAGGGACAAAGCCUUGUGUUGAUGAGAUAACACUUGUGUCUGAACCUGAGAGUCAUAGAGUAGAUGAAGAAGGUUCAACCUAUAUAAACGACCUUCAAGAAUCGAGAAACGAGGAGAAAGAAAGUUCUGGUUCUAGAGUAGAUGAAGACGGUUCAACCUAUAUAAAUGACCUUGAAGAAUCGAGAAACAAGGAGAAAGAAAGUUCUAGAACCAGCCCCAGCAAUGCCAAGAAGGGUUCAAAGGAGUCCCUUAGUCAAGAUCCACUGACGAACGAUCAUACAAGUGGAAACUCUAGUCCACAGCAACAGCAGCACAUAGUUGAACAACCUGAAGGUGAUACUGUAGAUAACCUGUUAAAUGACAUUCAAAGUUUGAAACAGACAUCUGCAGAUGAGAUGAGUGACUCGGAUAUACCCUGGAAAGCUGGUUACGAUGUCAUCAAGCCCGAGGCGGAUGGUCUUCUCGAUGAAGGCAAUACUAUGGACAAGUUUGCAGAGAGUGGUGAAGGAGUGUACGACUAUCUUGGGGGUAUGGUGCUUCAGAUGGAUGCCGCAUUUGCUCUUCAGCUCCAGGAACUCUUUGGCCAAGUAGGAUUCCAUCUCGAUCCUGAUAUGUUGUCUCCUGAUGACCUGAAGGUGAAGAUCGGUUACCAGGUAGCCAAGCAACUCCACACGGCCUGGUCCAGUGGACUGGAACAAAGGUUUCAAGACCAAGAGAGACAGGUGGAUGAAAUGUUACAGAGAGACGAAGAACUCGCCCGGAGGCUGCAGCAGGAGGAGAAUCUCAAGAAGCUGGCCAAAGCUCACCGGGAUAAGAAACCCACCAAGUUCGUCUCGCCGGGAUCCCCAAAACGGAACAAGCGGCGGCAGAAGGAGCCGGAGCCGAACGGAGCCAUUGUCAAUGGGGGUCAGGACCCAAAGAGAGGGGAGCAGGUGUUGGUAGGAGGUGGGUUGAGGAAUCUUGGUGAGAUGGGAGCAGUAGGAAGAGCGGAACCGGGGAAGUACCCUCCGCCGGUGCAGAGGAUGGAGGUGCCGGAGUUGGCGCAGAUCAUGGCGGAAGAGGAGUUGAAACAGGAGAGAGAAAAGAAAGGGGUUUGGAACAGCCCUAGUCCUGUAAGAGCCAACACCAUAGCGACCAAAUUAAAGCGGGAUCAGCUGUUUGAGGCCUUUCCAGAUGUGGACAGAAAGGCCCUGGAUGAAAUAUUCAUUGCUAACAACUAUGACCUCCGGGCUACAGAGUGGGAAGUGAAUGCCGUUUACCGAGAGUGUACUGAUCCUGUCAAAGAUGUGUUCAGUCCUGAAGCUCUGGAAGAGAUGGAAAAGAGAAGAGAGAGCUCUCCUGCCAGGAGAAAGGGAAAGGGACAGUCUGACAGGACAGAUGGUCAUUACCAAUCAACAGAGAAGCCUGCUUACGAAGACUACAGAGCAGAAGCCACCUUGCACUUCAAGCAGAGAGACGAAUGCUUCAAGAAAGCUGCCAAGGCGUAUCACUCUGGACAGAAAGAGCUGGCUGUGUAUUACUCCAAUCAGGGACGUCUACACUCGAUGAAACUGAAGGAAGCCAACAGAAGAGCUGCAGAAAUGAUGCUCAAACAAAGGAAACAUGAAACGGGUGCGAACAAGCUAGAUCUGCACAAUCUCCAUGUGGAGGAAGCCUUAGAGGCCCUCCAGGAGGUUCUGUUCGAGAGAGAAGAGCAAAUAAGGCAUGGCACCCCACAGAGGUACCUAGAGGUGGUGACAGGGCGGGGCAGGCACAGUAAAGGGGGUGUGGCCAGACUGAAACCAGCCGUAGAGAAGUUCUUGGAGCAGAAAGGUUACAGGUUUACCACACCCAAUGCCGGCUGUCUGAGAGUGUACUUCUCACCGUGAACUGGAUAAUCUCUCCCUGACAUGAGCUAUGGUUCAGCAUACAGAGUCUCAUAUUACUGAGAAAUGAAUUCUAGGAAUUUAGUGUUGCAGCCCAAAGACAAACCAGUACUGCUGCAACAUAUCCGAAUAUUUCCCUGAAGUUGAUAUUCUCGUUGCCCGGAGCACCUAGGAGAUCAAUGAUCAGGCUUCAAAAAAUUGAGAAGUUCAUGAAGAUGAUGGGUCUUUGCUUGAAACUAUCGAGAGUUUUUCAAUGAGGUCACAAUGAAGACUUAGAGAAGUCACCACGAGAUGAUAACAUUGUACGUAAACAAUGCUGUAAAACAGUAUUUCAGAUAGAAAUAAGUACUAUAGACUGUUGCUUGAUUAUGUUGUGUUUUCCACUCGUUAUCAAAUUGAUAUUACAUCACAUGAUUCUGUACCGCCUCAAGCAAGAUGGAGGAGCUUGUCUGAAGAACCAAGCUGUAUCGUGUUCCUAUUCUUAACAUUAGCAUGUAUAUGUUUCAUGAUUGAACACAUGAGACACCAUGAGAUCAAAAGUGGGAGACAUGGCACAACUACUUUAUCAGCUGGAAUGAGAUUGAGUACAUCUUACUUUUAAUUGCGAAUUUUUGAAUAUAUUCACCAUUUAUUUGGGAAAAUUUGUUCCAGAAAUGGCAAAAAUGUGAAAGAAACUGCAAAUGUCUCACUCUCUCUCUCUUGGCAUUGAUGUUGCUCAUUUUACUAAAAAAAACAGCACACACAUAAAUACAUAACAGAAGCACUGUGUGUUUUAACACCCAAGUUGUAGGCAUGGAGGCUUCUAAUCUUAUCACUGAUAUUGACAAGUGUGCUGCA